UUUUGUAUAUUAUAUAUUUACUAUUUUGAUUUACAGACUUGAAGCUAUUUUCUUCCAUUUUAAUUCUUUCACAUAUGACUAAAUUUUAGCAUUAAGUGCUGAUGAAGAAUUAAAUAAAAUUCUUGAAAUAGAACUACAAACCCUAGAGAUGGAAAGUAGGUGCCAGAGGUGCUUCCAGGGAGUCUUGGCCAGUGGCUGAAAAAAUGAGGGUUGUAGGAAGUUUUAAAGAAACUACAAAAGAUGAAAAGCUGUUUACAAAAGAUUUUAAAUCUCAAAUAUGAAAGUAGAAUUCAUGUGAGAAGGUAAAUGGAUUGCUAAGCGAGAAUAUGAAGAACAGAGUGCCCUAAUCACUUCAUAUUGGAUAGAAAAAUACAAGCAUGCCCAGGAUACAAAACCACUUUGUACUGCAGCAUUUUGUCAGUGUCAUCUCUCAUUUCACUACGUUAAUAACUAAGGAUUCCACCCUAUAAAAGAAGCAGAGUACCUGAAUUCUCCAAAAUGACACGUGUUUGCAUGCAUGUAUGUGUAUGCAAUAAUACAAGAUAUAUUAUAUUACACCUUAUGUUAAUCUGUUUUUAAUAUAUAAUAAGCAUUUUAACUAAAUAUUUUUUCCUAUUACUCUAUUGGUACAAGAGGAUUUUUUAAAUUUAAUGAGCAUAAUUGAGUGGUUCCAGUAACAUAUUUGAAAACAAAUUCAACAAAGAACUCAUUCAAAAUAAUGUAUUUCUUAAUUCCCCCUCUGAAACACUCAGCAAAUAUUGUGCAUCUUUGGCCCACAGCUCUGACCUUUCUGUCCUAGAUGAGGGUUUGUCUUUCUCUGCCACAAGAGCAUGGAAGGCAACCAGACAUGGAUCACAGACAUCACCCUGCUGGGAUUCCAGGUUGGUUCAGCCCUGGAGAUUCUCCUCUGUGGACUUUUCUCUGUCUUCUAUACACUCACCCUGCUGGGGAAUGGGGUCAUCUUUGGGAUUAUCUGCCUGGACCAUAAGCUUCACACCCCCAUGUACUUCUUCCUCUCACACCUGGCCGUCAUUGACAUGUCCUAUGCUUCCAACAAUGUUCCCAAGAUGUUGGCAAAUCUGAUGAACAAGAAAAGAACCAUCUCCUUUGUUUCAUGCAUAAUGCAGACUUUUUUGUAUUUGACUUUUGCUACUACAGAGUGCCUGAUUUUGGUGGUGAUGUCCUAUGAUAGGUAUGUGGCCAUCUGUCACCCUCUCCAGUACACUGUCAUCAUGAGCUGGAGAGUGUGCACAAUCCUGGCUCUCACGUCCUGGUCAUGUGGGUUUGCUCUGUCCUUGGUACAUGCAAUUCUCCUUCUAAGGUUGCCCUUCUGUGGGCCCCGGGAUGUGAACCACCUCUUCUGUGAAAUUCUGUCUGUCCUCAAGCUGGCCUGUGCUGACACCUGGGUUAACCAAGUCUUCAUAUUUGCUACCUGUGUGUUUGUCUUAGUCGGGCCUCUUUCCUUGAUUCUGGUCUCCUACACGCACAUCCUCGGGGCCAUCCUGAAGAUCCAGACAAAGGAGGGCCGCAUAAAGGCCCUCUCUACCUGCUCCUCCCACCUGUGUGUGGUUGGACUCUUCUUUGGCAUAGCCAUGGUGGUUUAUAUGGUCCCAGACUCUAAUCAACGAGAGGAGCAGGAGAAAAUGCUGUCCCUGUUUCACAGUCUCUUUAACCCAAUGCUGAACCCCCUGAUCUACAGCCUGAGGAACGCUCAGGUGAAGGGCGCCCUCCACAGAGCACUGCAGAGGAAGAGGCCCAUGGGAAGGGUGUAUGGGCUUUGUCUUUAAAACAUGUGGUUUGCUGAAGCAAGAAUUUUGAAUAUAUUUUGUAGAAGAAGUUUAAUAUAAAAAUGAUGACUGAUUAAAUUCAAGCUUUGAAAAUAGGGCAAUAUUCAAUGGAAUAUAUGUUCUCUAAAAUCGAGGAACCAUCUCACUAGAUAGGAGAGCAAAAUUAUCAGAAUAUUUAGCCUUUCCUUUAAAAAUGUUAGGACAACUUUUUGUUUUUAUUUUUAUUUAUUUACUUUUUAUGUCACAGUGCCAUUUUAUAUAAUUUCCUGAAACAGGCAAAAUGAAACUCUGGUGUUAAAGGAGAUAACAGCAUUGUUUUAUAAUGGCUAAAACCUGAAAAGAAUCCAAAUAUCUGUCAACAGGCAGAAGUCGAGUAAUCUGUUGUAUAUUCAUGCAGCAGAAUACUAAAUAACAAAGAAAAUGAAUGAACCUCAACCUUCAGUAACAUGGAUGAAUAUUACAAACACAGAGUGAUUAAAAGCCAGACACAAAAGGAUGUAUGAUUCCACUUAUGUCAAUUUCAAACACAGGCAAUAACUAAGCUAUAAUGUUAAAGCCAGGAUAUUAGACAUCAUUAGGGUGAAGGGAGUAGAUAGUGACUGGGAGGAGUAGGAAGGCAGCUGGGUAAUGGCCAUUUACUGAUAAUCCCUUGCCCUAUACAUUUAUGUUUUGUGUACAUUUUAAAAAUAAUUUCUACAUUUGUUUUAGAUUCAGGUUGUACAUGUGCAGGUUUGUUACACGGGUGUAUUGUAUGAUGAUAAGGUCUGUGGUACAGAUGAUCCCUCCACCAGGUACUAGGCAUAGUACCCAACAGAUCAUUUUGCAGUCCACACACCCUCCCUCCUCAUGCUCUCUAGUAGUCCCCAGUGUCUACUUUCCCCAUCUUUAUGUCUAUAUGUACUCAAAGUUUAGCUCCC